GCGCAUCUAUAAAUACGCAUGAACCCUGGAAGCCCUUCACCAAUCCAAGCCUAUCUGAUCCUGCACUCGCUUAUAACAUCGACCACCAUGGAAGCCACGCAAGGUGCUUCUUCACCUUUCUUCAUUUCAGCAGAUGGCAACAAUGUCCAUCUCCUCACCGUUCCUAUCUUGCUCCUUCUCCCUCUCCUCUUCCUCUUCCUCAAGCACAGAUCCUCCAAGCACCACAACCUCCCGCCGGGGCCGUUCCCGUGGCCCAUCGUUGGCAACAUCGCCUCCGUUGGGUACAAGCAGCACGAGGACCUCGCCAAGCUGGCCCAGGCCCACGGACCCCUCAUGUCCCUCCGCAUGGGCUCCCAGCUGGUGGUGGUCGGCUCCAACAAGGCCGCCGCCAUCGAGAUCCUCAAGACCCACGACCGCGUGCUCUCGGGGCGGCUGCCGCCGCACGUGUCGCCGGCGAAGAGCCCCGAGCGGAACCACCUCUCCAUUGGGUGGACCUUCGAGUGCACGGAGCAGUGGAAGUUCAUGCGGACGCUGUGCCGGACGGAGCUGUUCGGCGGCAAGAUUCUGGACUCCAGGAUGGACAUCAGGGCCCAGAAGGUUCAGGAGAUGGUGGACUUUUUGGCGACGAAGGAAGGACAAUUGGUGGCGAUAAGGGAGGUGAUUUUUUCGACGGCGUUUAAUGUGCUUGGGAACGUUUUGAUGUCGAAGGAUUUCAUGGCAUUGGAGGAAGGGGAGGGGCAGGGUAUGUGUGAUAUAGUGAGGAAUCUGAUGGAGCUGUGGACCAAACCUAACAUUUCUGAUUUGUAUCCGUUUCUGGGGGAAUUGGAUAUUCAGGGUUGGAGGAGAGAGGCGUAUCGGUACAGUGAGAGGUUGUAUGAGGUGUGGAGAGAUACGAUGAAGGAAAAGAGAGAGAGAAUGAGAAGAGGUGAGGAGAGUAAGACUAGAGACUUCUUGGAUGUUUUGCUCCACAAUAAUUUUGCUGACGAUCAGGUCGAUGUUCUGUUCUUGGAACUCUUUCUUGCAGGAACCGAUACUAGUACCUCAACGAUUGAAUGGACCAUAGCAGAACUACUUAAGAAUCAAAAUGUCAUGAAAAAAAUUUGUGAAGAACUGGAGAAGGAAGCUCCGGAGGGCUACUUGAAAGAGAUAGACAUAACUCGCUUUCCCUACUUGCAAGCGUGUGUGAAAGAAACCCUACGACUACAUCCUGCAGCACCAUUGAUUCCUCGUCGGUCGACCGAGAAAUGUCAAGUUAUGAACUACAACAUCCCAAAAGACACCCAAGUUCUAGUGAACAUUUGGUCAAUUGGUAGAGACCCUCGAAUAUGGGAAGACCCUGCAAGUUUUAAGCCUGAAAGGCUUCUAAAUUCCGAAUUAGAUUUUAAAGGGCAUGAUUUUGAGUUCUUGCCUUUUGGCGGGGGAAGGAAAAUUUGCCCUGGAUAUCCAAUGGCCAUUAGGCAAGUUCACUUGACCUUAGCUGCUUUGCUCCACCACUUUGAUUGGUCUCUUCCUAAUAACAUGACCCUUGAUCAGCUUGAUAUGAAUGAGAAGUGUGGGAUAACAUUGCAAAAAGAGGAUCCUCUCGUGCUCAUACCAACGAGAAAAAAAAGAUCACAAUUCUAAAUUACCCUUAGUACUAUUUUGAUAGUUUGUCUAGUCAUGUUGAAAUAGCAUGUACGACAAGUUUGAAUAAAUGAUCUAUAUGUUAGUUGUAUUUCAUAAUAUGGACGAAAAAAUUUGGCUUUUGGGUCAAAUUCUCAAGUGAUGUUCCUUUUUUUUUUUUGUGUGUAUCUUACCAAAAUAAAAGAGCUUGUAAGUUUAUGCAAACUACAUUUUUAUCAAA